UAUGCUUCUAAAGAAAUCUUAAGGCGGAUUUUAUGUAGAUUAAGAAAGUGAAGAAUACUCUAAGCAAGAAAGUGGAUCCAAGGUUCGCCGAUUAUACCAAAAAUUCACAAAAAAAAACGCUGCAAUCUGACACCUGUAAUCCAACUUAGUUAUGUAAUGAAGUAUUAUAAUUGGAAUUUUUUAUAAGAGUUGAUUCUGGGAAAUUCACCCUUGCAAUUCUUAUAUAAUCUUCUUUUGCAUCUUCCAAGGAGGGUUGUGCUCAUAUUGUUAGAUUGAUUAUCAUCGUCAAAUUCUCAUACAAUGGGACAAAGUUCAUUCCUGUUUUUCCUCCUCGGAUUUUUAGUUUUGUCAAGUAUAUCCGGAAUUCAAGCAGAAAGUCCUUACAGAUACUAUACUUGGAGACUAUCAUAUGCAUGGAUAUAUCCAGGGAAUUUCGGCCCUCAACGGGGUAUUCUUAUAAAUGGACAAUUUCCAGGUCCAACAAUUGAUUGCAACACCAAUGACAAUAUUAUUGUUACUAUUAUCAAUCUAUUGGGUGAGCCAUUCCUCAUGACCUGGAAUGGUGUUUGGCAGAGGAAGAAUUCGUGGCAAGAUGGGGUACUCGGAACCAACUGUCCUAUACCUUCAAGAGGAAACUAUACUUACAAGAUGCAAGUCAAGGAUCAAAUUGGUACCUACAUGUACUUCCCUUCCACAUUGAUGCAACGAGCUUCUGGUGGUUUUGGUAUCAUCAAUGUUCGUAGAAGAUCGGUCAUUCCUCUUCCUUAUGCUGAGCCAGCAGGGGAAUUCUCUUUCCUUAUUGGAGACUGGUACAAGACUGAUCACAAGGUACUUCAAAAAAGGCUAGAUUAUGGAUAUGGUAUGCCAAUGCCUGAUGGCCUACUCAUUAAUGGACUUCAAACUGAUAGUACUGAUAGGGUCUACACUGGUGAAGCUGGGAAAACCUACUUGUUUCGAGUGGUAAAUGGAGGGAUCAUGACUUCAAUCAACAUUAGGAUUCAAAGCCAUACUAUGAAGUUGGUCGAGGUUGAAGGUUCUCAUGUACUCCAAGAAAUUUAUGACUCACUUGAUAUACAUCCAGGCCAAUCCCUGAGUUUCUUGGUCACUCUCAAUGGUGAAAUCAAGGACUAUUACAUUGUUGCGUCGACUCGUUUUACAAGACCGAUUCACACUUCAACUGCAAUCCUACAUUAUGAUGGUUCAAAUAUUAGGCCUUCUGGUCCUGUGCCUGAUCCCCCUGCUUAUGAGCUUCACGGGUCCAUGAAGCAAGCUAGAACUAUCAGGAGGAAUCUUACCGCCAAUGCAGCAAGGCCGAACCCGCAAGGAUCAUUCCGUUAUGGGGAAAUAAACAUCACAAAAACAAUCAUAUUGGGUAAUUCAGCUGAGAAGAUUAAUGGCAAGUUGCAUUACGGAGUUAACAAUAUUUCCUAUGUAAAUCCAACAACACCAUUGAAGCUAGCUGAUUAUUACAACAUUUCUGGUGUUUUCGACCUUACCACCAGUAGGGAUAAACCUACACCAGGCCCAAUGGUCCAAGGCACCGCGGUUUUUGGCUUCGCUCUUCAUGAUUUUGCAGAAAUCAUCUUCCAAAACAAUGAGAAAACCACUCAAUCUUGGCAUCUUGAUGGCUACAAUUUCUUCGUCGUUGGAUAUGGUGGCACAAGUGAAUGGAGUCCAAAAAUGAGGAAGAGCUACAAUAUGAUGGAUGCUGUAUCAAGAAGUACUGUCCAGGUGUACCGAAACUCAUGGACAGCAGUUCUAGUAUCUCUCGAUAACAAGGGAAUGUGGAAUUUAAGGUCAGCAAUCUGGCAUAGACAAUACUUAGGACAACAAGUGUAUCUUAGGGUGUGGAAUGAUGAACCAAGCCUCACCACAGAAAAUGAAAUUCCUCCAAAUGUACGUAAAUGUGGGGAGGCUGUUAAUUAUUAGUUAAUACACUGUAUUAGUUUCUAUAUUACUCUUACACUUAAUUGAGCCUUUUGUAUUAAACCUUCAAGGAUUUUGCCAUGUAGCAAUUUCAAUGUAGUCAUAACAACAUCAUAAUUUAGGUUGCAUUUGGUUGAAUAUAAAAUAUUUUCAAUGUAAAA